GACUGACGGAGACACCAGGAGCCAGGUCGCGGGUGACUCCCAGCAAGUGCUGCUACGGAAAGAUGCCAGUCCGCAGGGGCCACGUCGCUCCCCAAAACACUUACCUGGACACCAUUAUCCGCAAGUUCGAGGGCCAGAGUCGUAAGUUCCUGAUCGCCAACGCGCAGAUGGAGAACUGUGCCAUCAUUUACUGCAAUGACGGCUUCUGUGAACUCUUCGGCUACUCCCGUGUGGAGGUGAUGCAGCGACCCUGUACCUGUGACUUCCUCACGGGCCCUAACACUCCGAGCAGUGCUGUGUCUCGCUUGGCACAGGCCCUGCUUGGUGCUGAAGAGUGCAAGGUGGACAUCCUCUACUACCGCAAGGAUGCCUCCAGUUUCCGCUGCCUGGUGGAUGUGGUACCGGUGAAGAACGAGGACGGGGCCGUCAUCAUGUUUAUCCUCAAUUUUGAGGACCUGGCCCAGCUCCUGGCCAAGAGCAGCAGCCGAAGCCUGACCCAGCGCCUGUUGUCACAUAGCUUCCUGGGCUCUGAGGGCUCUCACAGCAGGCCGAGUGGACAGGGGCCUGGCCCAGGCAGGGGCAAGUACAGAACCGUCAGCCAGAUCCCACAGUUUACCCUCAACUUCGUGGAAUUCAACCUGGAGAAGCACCGCUCGGGCUCCACCACAGAGAUUGAGAUCAUCGCUCCCCACAAGGUGGUGGAGCGGACACAGAAUGUCACUGAAAAGGUCACCCAGGUCCUGUCCCUGGGCGCAGAUGUGCUGCCGGAGUAUAAGCUACAGGCACCUCGCAUUCACCGAGGUACCAUCCUGCACUACAGUCCCUUCAAGGCCGUGUGGGACUGGCUUAUCUUGCUUCUGGUCAUCUAUACAGCAGUCUUCACGCCCUACUCAGCCGCCUUUCUGCUCAGCAACCAGGACGAAUCACAGCGUGGUACCUGUGGCUACACCUGCAGCCCACUCACCGUGGUGGACCUCAUCGUGGACAUCAUGUUCGUCGUGGACAUUGUCAUCAACUUCCGGACCACUUACGUCAACAGCAAUGAUGAGGUGGUCAGCCACCCCCGACGAAUCGCUGUCCACUACUUCAAGGGCUGGUUCCUCAUUGACAUGGUGGCCGCCAUCCCUUUUGACCUGCUUAUCUUCCGCACUGGUUCCGAUGAGACCACCACCUUGAUCGGGUUACUGAAGACCGCGCGCCUUCUGCGCCUGGUGCGUGUGGCUCGGAAGCUGGACCGAUACUCUGAGUAUGGGGCCGCUGUACUUUUCUUGCUCAUGUGCACCUUUGCGCUCAUCGCGCACUGGCUGGCCUGCAUCUGGUACGCCAUCGGCAACGUGGAGCGACCCUACUUGGAGCCCAAGAUUGGCUGGCUGGACAGCUUGGGUGCACAGCUCGGGAAGCACUAUAACGGCAGUGACCCAGCCUCAGGACCCUCUGUACAGGACAAGUACGUCACGGCCCUCUACUUCACCUUCAGCAGCCUCACCAGUGUGGGCUUCGGCAAUGUGUCACCCAACACCAACUCUGAGAAGGUCUUCUCUAUCUGCGUCAUGCUCAUUGGCUCCCUUAUGUACGCCAGCAUCUUCGGCAACGUGUCGGCCAUCAUCCAGCGCCUGUACUCGGGCACGGCGCGCUACCACACGCAGAUGCUGCGUGUCAAGGAGUUCAUUCGCUUCCACCAGAUCCCCAACCCGCUGCGGCAGCGCCUGGAGGAGUAUUUCCAGCACGCCUGGUCCUACACCAACGGCAUCGACAUGAAUGCGGUGAGCCCUGCGGCCCUCAUGGGGAGUGGGUGGGCCACCGGCUGUGAGCCUGAUGCAGGCUGCUCCCCACCGCCCCCCCCCGCCCACACCGCACCCCCGCACCGCACCACACCCACAGCCCCAGCUGCGCUCGGAGGGACUCGCCACGCCCCCCACCCACAGGUGCUGAAGGGCUUCCCUGAGUGCCUGCAGGCCGACAUCUGCCUGCACCUGCACCGUGCGCUGCUGCAGCACUGCCCGGCCUUCCACGGUGCCAGCAAGGGGUGCCUGCGCGCUCUCGCGGUCAAGUUCAAGACCACGCACGCGCCGCCUGGGGACACACUGGUGCACCUGGGCGACGUGCUCUCCACGCUCUACUUCAUCUCUCGAGGCUCCAUCGAGAUCCUGCGCGAUGACGUGGUCGUGGCCAUUCUAGGGAAGAAUGACAUCUUUGGGGAGCCUGUUAGUCUCCAUGCCAGGCCAGGCAAAUCUAGUGCGGAUGUGCGUGCCCUGACCUACUGUGACCUGCACAAGAUCCAUCGAGCAGACCUGCUGGAGGUGCUGGACAUGUACCCUGCCUUUGCAGACACCUUCUGGAAUAAGCUGGAGGUCACCUUCAACCUGCGGGACGCAGAUGGGGGUCUCCAGUCAUCACCCCAACAGGCCCCAGGCAACCAAGAUUCCCAAGGCUUCUUCCUCAAUGGCAUCAAUGACAGUCAGUCAGGUGCAGCCCCUUCCCUAAGCAUCUCAGACGCAUCUGGGCUUUGGCCUGAAUUGCUACAGCAAAUGCCCGCAAGUCCUCCAAACCCACAUCAGGACCUGGAUUGCUGGCCUCAAGAACUAGGCUGUAAAUUAGAGCAGCUCCAGGCCCAGAUGAACAGACUGGAGUCCCGCAUGUCCUCAGACCUCAGCCGCAUCCUACAGCUACUUCAGCAGCCACAGGGCCACACCAGCUACAUCCUGGGUGCCCCUGCCUCCAGUGACCUGGCCUUGUUUCCUGAAGCUUCAGUGACUCGGAGUCCAGAGCCCAGGCUUCUGGUGGGACAUACGCCCUCUGCACAGACCCUAAGCUAUGGUGACUUGGACAAACAUAUUCGGAAGCCCAGGAGUUUCUCCCCCAGGAUGCGUCACUUGGCUGUGGCAAUGGACAAAACUCUGGUACCAUCCUCAGAACAGGAACAGCCUGAGGGUCACCUGUCACCUCUGGCCUCAUCUCUGUGUCCCCUGGAAGUCCAGGGACUUAUCAGUGGCCCCCGCUUUCCCUCCCUUCCUGAACACCUCAGCUCUGUUCCCAAGCAGCUGGAGUUCCAGAGACACGGUUCAGAUCCUGGCUUCACAAGGAGUUAGGGCCAUUGGACCCCAAGGUAAAAGCCACCAUGAGGGAAUUGAUAGACAGUGAGGUGGGAGUUAAGCCUCUUGGGGGAGCCAGACAGCCCUCUGAUGGAACUCUGAAAACCAUUUUCGCAGAGAAACUACAGACUGCUGAGCCAGGUGAGGAUGGCCUGAGGGAAGAGGCUCAGGACUUGGCCCAACCCCUGGGGGUUCCAUGUAACCAGCAAGCCAGGCAGAGGCUUACUUCACAGAGCCAGUGAAGAAGGGAGAAGUUUCUAACAUUGAGUCUUGCUUAGGGCUGCAUGUGAUCAUCUCCCAGCUCAGAAUCAUCCUUUGCCUCAGAAGCCCAGAACCAAGGCCAGGGUUGACCAGCCCUUUCACCAAAAGCCUCUAACAUGGCUGGAGUUAGAGGUAUCCUCUGUGGUGAACCUGAAAGACGGAGCUCCAGUCCCCAGCUCCUCUACCGUUCAGAGUUCUGUGACAACAUCUGGGUCCCUUGGAGGCAUGCAGUGUCACACAGCUAAUAAAGUCUUGAACAUUUCA